AGGGCCAUAAGAUACAAGCAGUUGCGAGGAAUGCCGAGAUGGUUGUUUGGAAGCCAACACUUAAAGAAGGAGAAACGUAUGUGAUGCAGAAUUUUUGUGUCCUACGCAACGAUGGGGAAUACAAGACUUGUGACCAUCCAUUCAAGCUUCAACUCACAAGUGGUACAACGCUAAAAGUACAAAAUCUCUCCGAUAUUUCCAUGGAUCACUAUCAGUUUAGAAGCUUUUGUGAUAUAUUAAGUGGCAAACUAGACACUCAUGUUUUGGUUGGUGAGAAUCAAAUAAUAACCGCGCAUAAAUUUUGUAGUUUUAUAAUAAAAAUUUAAUUGAUAUGUUACUUAUUAGUUUUUGAAUGGAUGAAAAUAGAUGUCAUUGGAUCUCUGCAUGACGUUCUUAAUGCCCAGGCUAAUGCUUCGCUGAAAAAAAUAUCAUUUUUAAUGAAAGAUCUCAGUGGUGAUAUGAUAACAUGCACAUUGUGGGGCGACUAUGCUACCAAACUGUUGAAUUUCCGUGAAAAUCAUCCAUCGGAGCUGACUGUUAUCAUCUUGACUCAUGCAAAAAUCAAGGAACCGGAAGGCAUGCAUCCUAUCACCAUUCAAAAUAGCAUGUACAGCUCCAAACUGCUCAUAAAUGAAGACAUUGCAGAAAUUCAGCAAUUCAAAGAUAGCUUCAAAUCAAAUCAAGUGAACGAGC